GGGCUUUAGGGCGCUGAGGGUUUGUAGUUUUGAAAUUUCUGGCGGGGGUACCGCCGGGCCGAGUUAGGCUCGGAAGUGGGAGAGACGCCCUUACCGGAGCCGCGCGGCUGGGCUCCGCGGCGGCGGGACACCAGGCUGAGGCUCACGUGCGAGCGCCGCUGACGAAGCGGCGAGCGGCCGAGCGGGUGUUGCUGCUGGGGGCGGCCCCGGCUCGCGCGGACUGGAGGAAGGUCCAGGACGCGCGAGCUCUGCCGCCCAGCUGGCGCCUGUCACUGACUUCUCUGCCGCGGCCCCUACGCCUUUCCCCAGCGAUGUUGUGGAGCCCGAACUGCACUGGUGUCGGCUGCCGCUUGCCAAGCCUGUCCUCGCCUCUGCUCCAGCAACGGCAGUGCCGCAGCUGCCACUGAUCCCCGGGGGGAUGCCCGCGGGCCUCACCGAACCGGCGGGCGCCGCUCCCUCCGCUGGUGUGAGCUCCUCGGGGACCGUGACCAUGGUCCCCCCCGGAGCUCUGCCGGUCCGGGUGGAGAGCGCUCCGGUGGCCCUGGGCGCCGUGACUAAGGCUCCAGUCAGAGUCUGCGUGGAGUCCACGGCGUCUCAGCCCCUGCGGUCCCCUGUGGGGACCAUAGUGACCAAAGUGGCUUCUGUCAGUGCUCUUCCUAAACUCAACAGCGGCCCUAGGCUAUCUGCUCCUCAGAUAGUCGCGGUGAAAGCCCCAAACACAACAAUCCACUUGCCUGCUAAUUUGCAGCUCCCUCCAGGAACAGUUUUGAUGAAAAGUAACAGUGGUCAGUUGAUGUUGGUGUCUCCUCAGCAAGCUGUAACAAGAGUGGAGACCACAAGUAACAUAACUCCAAGGCCAGCAAUACCAACGAAUACUCAAACAGUCAAAAUCUGUGCAAUGCCGAAUUCUAGCCCAUGGUUAACCAAGAAAGUGGCAGUAGCACCUGUUAAAAAGUUGGCACAAGUAGGAACUACUGUGGUAACCACUGUUCUGAAGCCUUCCUCAGUACAAUCUGUGGCUGUGCCAACUAAUGUCGUCACAGUUACUCCUGUAAAGCCAUUGAAUACUGUGACUACUGUGAAGCCUUCAAGUUUGGGAACAUCGUCUACCCCCUCAAAUGGGCCCAAUCUCAAAGCAGAGAACUCAGCAACUGCUCAGACUAAUCUUUCUCCAACAAUGCUAGAAAAUGUGAAGAAAUGUAACAACUUCCUUGCAAUGUUAAUAAAACUAGCAUGUAGUGGAUCACAGUCCCCAGAAAUGGGGCAGAAUGUGAAGAAACUGGUGGAACAACUUUUGGAUGCAAAAAUUGAAGCAGAAGAAUUUACUAGGAAACUUUGUGUUGAGCUCAAGUCUUCACCUCAGCCUCACCUAGUUCCUUUUCUUAAGAAAAGUGUAAUUGCCUUACGACAACUUUUGCCUAACUCCCAGAGCUUCAUUCAGCAGUGUGUUCAGCAGACUUCUAGCGAGGUAGUCAUUGCUACCUGUACCACAACAGUGACAACUUCUCCUGUGGUGACAACUACAGUUUCCUCAAUCCAGUCUGAAAAGCCCAUCAUUGUUUCUGGAGCAACAACACCCAGAACUGUUUCAGUGCAAACUAUGAAUCCACUUGCUGGUCCAGGAGGAGCAAAAACUGGAGUUGUGACACUAAAUUCUGUGGGUCCAGCCAUUGUACCAGGCGGAACAACAGCUGGAACUGUUUUGCUUCAGACUUCAAAACCACUUGUGACACCCGUAUCAAAUAAAAUUACAGCAGUCUCACUUCAACAUGAAAAGCCAGUUAUCUCUGGAGCUGCAGUAACAUUGGCCCUUCCAUCAGUAACUUUUGGAGAAACUUCAGCUGCAGCUAUUUGUCUUCCAUCCAUGAAACCUGCCAUUACUUCUGCUGGGACCACGUCUGACAAGCCUGUUAUUGGCGCUCCAGUCCAAAUCAGACUUACUCAGCCAGGCUCUGUCCUUUCACAACCAGCUGGCAUUCCACAGGCAGUUAAAGUCAAGCAAGUAGUAGUCCAGCAGCCUUCAGGAGGCAUUGCAAAACAACUGACCACACUUUCCCAUUCCUCAGCAUUGACCAUUCAGAACUCUGGACAAAAGAAGAUGCCAGUGAACACUGUAAUACCUACCAGCCAGUUUCCUCCAGCUUCCAUUCUAAAGCAAAUUACUCUGCCAGGAAAUAAAAUUCUGUCACUUCAAGCAUCUCCUAUUCAGAAAAAUAAAAUAAAAGAGAAUGGAACAACAUGCUUCAGAGAUGAAGAUGACAUCAAUGAUGUGACUUCCAUGGCAGGGGUCAACCUCAAUGAAGAAAAUGCCUGCAUCUUAGCAAGAAACUCUGAAUUGGUUGGCACACACAUUCAGUCAUGUACAGAUGAACCAUUUCUUUUUAUUGGAGCUCUACAAAAGAGAAUUUUAGACAUUGGUAAAAAGCACGAUAUUACAGAACUCAACUCUGAUGCUGUGAACUUGAUCUCCCAUGCAACACAGGAGCGAUUACGAGGCCUUCUAGAAAAACUGACUACAAUUGCUCAGCAUCGAAUGACUUCUUACAAGGCAAGUGAAAAUUACAUCCUGUCCAGUGAUACCAGGUCACAGCUCAAGUUUCUUGAAAAGCUGGAUCAAUUAGCAAAACAGAGAAAGGAUUUAGAAGAAAGAGAAAUGUUACUUAAGGCAGCCAAGAGUCGUUCCAAUAAAGAAGAUCCAGAACAGCUGAGAUUAAAGCAGAAAGCCAAAGAGUUGCAACAGUUGGAGCUCGCACAGAUACAGCACAGAGAUGCUAAUCUUACAGCUCUUGCAGCAAUUGGACCAAGGAAGAAGAGACCACUAGAAUCUGGAAGUGAGGAGGGCUUAAAAGACAAUCUUGCUUCUGGGAGAUCCAGCCUAACAGCUUCCAAACAGUUGCUUUGUCCAAGAAUCACAAGAAUCUGCCUGAGGGACUUGAUAUUCUGUAUGGAACAGGAAAGAGAGAUGAAGUAUUCUCGAGCUCUAUACCUUGCCCUUCUGAAGUGACCACUCCACUCUCCAUCCAGAUCCUUGCUAUUUACUGCCAAAGAAGACAUAAGGAAAAUUGUUGGACUGUCCCAAAAUGUCAGUUUCUGGGAAAUAAUCACCAAUAUGGAAAAUCAUUGUUUACAGUUAUAAACUUUUCUUAAAUCUUACCUAUACAUCUCAUGGGGUUCUUACAGACUAGAAUUCAGCUUUGUCUUCUGAAAUCUGUUAGGAAAAGAAGUAAGCAUCUGCCUACCUGUGCAUUUAAUCACAGCAAGUUAAGGCCCUGUUAUUACCUGCUUCAUUUGCCAAACUGUAACAGGUGAGGUGUCUUUCCCUGAUACAGCCUAACGGAGCCUGUAUUGAGAUGCAGGAGAAAGGCAGAGUCACCACUUACUGAGAAAAGUGUAUUUCAUCCUAUACUGAACCUGUCUCAAAGUGUUAGGUGUUCUGGGCUGCAGUCAGAAGUUGCUUAGCUAACUGUGACAGUUACCUUCUGUAGUUGAAGGUGACAGGCCACAGAGUAGGGCCUGUGGUGACUUUGGCUGGCUAAGUCCCAGUGUUGUCAAAAUGAGACAAGUGGGGAUAGUUUGUGCCUGAGGUUGCUAAUUCUCUGGUUCAUAUCACCGUGUGCUACUUCUGAGACCAAGUGAGGGGACAGCCUUGUCAGGGAAACCUUAAAGUUGUAGCUGCUGAUAUAUACCUCAUUGAAAAAACGGAAGAGAUGGAAAGUAUUGGAAGGAAUGAUGGGGUGUCGAGUUCAAACUGAGGGGAAAAUGAAAAUGGAAUCGUAAAACAAGAACUGUGCUACAUAUGCUCAAGAGGGCUAGGGGUGGGAUUAGAACUCCGAAACAAUUAAUACAUGUGUUAUUGAUGAAACAGAUCAUAGCCCAACCAAAAAGGAAAACUUAUCAAACAUUUUCAACUUACAGUAUUUCAAAAGAAAGAAGUUACUUUUUGUUUUAUACUGUUUUAACUCUCAAAAAGGAUGGUUUUUGUAGUUCCUUCUCUUGUAAAAUCUUUUAGUUACCCUAAGUUUUAAGCAUCUUGGUGCAUUUAAAAAUUCUAAUUUUGGUGAUUAGAACUUUUAACAAUAGAACUUCAUUUUGGAUUCUAUACUUAAAAGGUAAUGUCAGCAUCUUACUCCUGGGCCCCUUGGCUCUGAAUAUGAGAAGCAUGUGAUGUAUAUUAAUCUGAGGAAGAAGCUGAUGUACAAAGCCACCACCACCCCCUUUUUUUAGUUCCACCUGUGUGGAAUGUAGCUGGUGAAAAAUAAUGGCUAUAGUUAGAAUCAUAUACAGAAAGAAUGAUUAAAUCCUCCAAGAAGGUUUAAAAAAUGGGAACUGCUUUGCUGCUUAGAAAAAGAAUUCAGGGGAGAAAAAUACACCUCAAGUAUGUUAUUCUUCAUCCUGUUCUUCCCAUUGGGACUGUUAAGGCCAUAUUCUAUACUAUAGUAAGUUUUAAAUUGGCCACUUUUUUGUUUCAGCAAGUUACUAUGUAAAAUGCUGUAAGUUAUGUAAAUGUUAAAAGAGUACUUUAAGAGAUCUAUACCCAGAGUUGUUUUUGUAUAUUUAAAAGCUUAGCUUUAUUUUUUUGUAAAGUGCAGCAU